AUGCAUAAAUCAUCUCUAGAUAAGUAAAUUAACCCCACCCUCUUCUUUUUUGCCUUAAAAAAGAAUGCACCUUACCUGGAAAAAAACCCAACACGAGCAUGGACUUGUUUGGAUCCUUCACCUGAAGGCUUGCCACAGAUUUAGUGGAGCUUGAAUAACCCCAGACACUGACUCUUGGCUCUGAAUCUCGCAGACUAUAUAUUAAAUGGGAUGUGGCUAACCAUGACACAAUAUGAGCAGUGGCUUUCAACAUAAUGAAAGGAAACUCGGAUUACACCAGCUUGCUUGGUGAGAAGUUUGCUUGGCUGUAGAUUCACAGAAAGUAAACAAUUAUCAGUUCAUAAAAGCCAGUAAUUUAUUGUUGUCACCAUAGGUCUUAAUAAAAGUAACCAUCAUACAGAAAUGAAAAAGAUUUCUUAGGAUAGUUAUGUAACAUUAGUAAUAUCUUGGUAAGGUGUAGCUUUUCUUCACAAAAGCAAAAUAAGCUACUUUUUCAGUAAUCACCCUAUGAUUUGUGGUAGAAUCAAAGUAUUUGUUUCUUUAUUUGCCCAGUGGCAGACCAGUGAGAAAGUGACUUGGAUUUUGGUUGCUUGAAAACAGAAUAGAAAAUGAGGGUUAUGUUCAACCUCUUCAAACCUACAAAUACAGCAUCUCUGAGCAGAGAGAACCUUCCUCAACAGACUACUGUACUGUGGUACCUCAGGUUAAGAACUUAAUUUGUUCUGGAGGUUUGUUCUUAACCUGAAACUGUUCUUAGCCUGAGGUACCACUUUAGCUAAUGGGGCCUCCCUCUGCCGCCACGCCACCACCGCGCGAUUUCUGUUCCUGAAGCAAAGUUCUUAACCUGAGGUACUAUUUCUGGGUUAGCGGAGGCUGUAACCUGAAGCAUCUGUAACCUGAAGGGUCUGUAACCCAAGGUACCACUGUAAUGUGCUGUUUAUGGGGCUACCUUUUGAAGAUUACCUCCCAAACAGUUUGUUUGGAAACUGCUGUUGGUGCAGAAUACAGCAGCUAGAUUGCUGCUAACUAGCACCUUGCACUGAGAAACUGUUGCCCCCUUGUUCAAGAACUGCACUGGUUUCCCCGAGUGCAGUUCAGAGCUGAUGUUUCCCUUCAAAGCUCUACAUGGCUUGGGAUCUGUCUUGUAGGAACGUCUUCCCCUCAUAUUAAACUGCCCUUGUCUUGUGAUCCUCUUUGCAGGUCUUCCUCCAAGUGUCCUCACCAACUGAGGGAAGGGUCUGACUCUGACCACAACCGAGAAGAACUAAUAUGUAGGUGCUACCCCAUUUAUUGAACACUUUCUCAUCUUUGGAGUGUGGCAUGAAGGACUUUUGACUUUUAAUACAGUACUCAUUUUGGUCUCUGGUUUAUAAAGCUGCUAUUGAUUAUCCUAUUAUUAUUUCGUUAAUGUGUUAUUAGUGAAUAGGAAUUUCACCCUGCAUUAAGAGAGUCACUCAUCACUUGAAUUGACAGGAAGCAGGUGCAUGAGUUUCUUGCUCAUACUAAAAUUAAGGAACAAGCUAUUGCACAGCUAACCACACUAGAGGUAGUGAUCUUGGCAGCCAGGAAAAGGAACAAAUGCAUUGUUUUUGUCGUUUAUAACUGGUAAUCCUUCCUUCUUAGCAUUUUCCUCGAGAUGGGGAUAUGAGUCUUUUCCGAGGAACUCUUAGGUCUGAAAAGAUGACACUUACCUCAUGAGUUCUACUCUCUAAGGAAAGGGUCUGUUUCUUGGCUAAGUGUUAAUGACAUAAUGAGUCAAAUAUCACUCAUGAAGACUUGGCACAAGAAUGAAAUUCCAAUGCUGACAAUGUGUGUGUAUGAAUUCCCAGCAGAGCUCUUUAGAGUGGUAAACCGGCUGGUCCAGAUCGGUGUGGUAUCAUUGACAGUCAAUAGCCUGCUGGGAGAGACCUGUGAAUCACUUUUAGGGUAAAAUCAUCUGAACCCAUGCUGAACUUGAUGCCACAAUGGUUUCAGGUUUAUUGAAAGUCUCUGGAGCAUCAGGGAAUUACAGGUGUGAACAGGAUCCUUGCACAAUGAGGCCGUAGCUACCACUUUGAAGAGGGUCUUCCCAGCCUCCAGAGGUUUUUGAGAACUACUGUCCGCUCUCUAAUAUUCCUUUCCUCAGCAAGACGAUCAAGAGGGUGGUGGCUGCCCAGCCGCAGGUAUGCCUGUAGGAAGUUGAUUAUCUAGCUCCAUCCCAGUCUGGUUUCAGACCUAGUUCUGGUAACAAAUCAGUCUUGGUCACUCUGACUGAUGACCUCUCUUGGGAGAGAGACAAAGGGUACUGAACCCUGAAGGUACUGUACUGCAAUGGUUUCAUUCCUACCUGCAGGGUUAGUACCAGGAAGUAGUACUAGGCGAUUGUUGCUUGGCUCCAUGGCUUUUGGACUGUGGAGUCCCGGAGGGUCCAUUAUGUCUCCUUUCAAUUUAACAUCUAUAUGAAACCAUUGGGAGCAGUUGUUUGGGGAUUUGGAGUGUGGUGUCAACUAUAUGCUGAAGACACGCAGCUCUUAUCUCUCCAUUCCAUCAGAAAGAGGCAGUGAUGAACUGGAUGGGAGCCAGUAAAAUGAGGCUGAAUCCUGAUGAGACAGAAGUGAUUUGGGUGAAUGGUUCUCCUAUCCAGAAACUAGGUACACAUCCUGUUCUGCAAGGGAUUACACUUCCUUGAAGGACCAGGUUUGUAAAUUGUCUCAGGAGCCCUUAAAGCUCGGAGUGGUUUACACAGAAGUCUUAAAGAUUGUUAUGGACUGGCUGGAUGCAGAGGAGUGGUGAGAGGCAGCAGCUGGGGAACCCCCAAAGGAGGAAGGCUCAGAGCCAGGGUGGGGUGGGAUGACAAUGAGAGGGAGAAGAGGGAGCAGACUGGAAGGAGUAGGUGUUGGAUCCUGGAGAGGCAACAGCAUUUAGUGAGCAGGAAGAGUCUGUGGCAGAGAGCAGUUCAGAAGCAGAGGCUGGAGAGGAGAAGGGGCCAAGAGGCAGAGAUGAGUCAGACUGGUGAAGGAGCCAGGGGGUCUCCCCCGUUGCUGCAACCAGCUCCCCUCCUCCCUGGUCUCCCAAAACCAGAAGAGGUAUGAAGAGGGAGGAGCAAAGACAGACAAGGUGUCAGAGUCUCAGAUUGCUUGGGAAGGACCUGAGGGAGCAGGAGACUUAGAGAGCUGUGGGAUGGCGGGGCUCGUCAGUCCUCACAACUGUCUCAUUAUGGCAAGAUCUACUGGGAAGAGUUGCUGUGCUCACUGGGCCUGGCCUCCUGAGCUGUUUUGUUUCUUUGAAUAAAGAGAGUUAGCUUCACUGACACUCUGCGAGUUAUUGCUGACUUGCUCCUGACAACCACUCUGACAAGUAUCAAUAAAAAUUAUGUAAUAAAGUCAUUGAACCAAGCUCCAAGAGAAUAAAAAAAAUUGUGUACUGCUGCAUCUCCCCACCACUGGCCUACUUAGUGCAAGAUGGUUCUUGAGUAGUCCUGUGGGGGCAGUGCAAGAGGGGUAACACCUCAGCUGGACCACUGGGAGAUGAUGGGCGGCUCUUCCACCCCUUUUUUUGCUAUAAUCUUUUUGCUGUAAUCUGUAAUCUUUUUUGCUGCAAUCCACCCUGGAAAUACUUGCACUGAAGGGCGGCAUAUAAAUUAUAGGAACAAACAACUCCUUCCUAUAAAAUUCUAAUUCUAGUUAGGUCACUGUGGCUGUUCCCUCUGCCUUUCAUCCCACCUCACUCCCACAUUUGCUGGCACUUGGGUGGUCAGUUGCCCACCCAGCUGCGUACUCCUCACUCCCUUCAUCACACGUCUUGUUGGUCUCCAGGAACAGAGAGGAAGGAGCUAGAUGAAGCAGCUGUGGCUCAGGCAAGCUAUUACGCAUUUUUCUUGACUCAUCCUGGCAAAUAACCCCGUAAGGCAGUCUGAUAAUUAUCUACUUAUUUCAUAACAACAGUAGCGUUUCAGUGUUCAAAGCACUUCAUUUAUUGCCUUGGUUCUUCCUUAGAAACACCCCUGUGAGACUGACCAAUAUCUGUGUUUCUAUUAUUAUUUAUUGAAUACCGAAAUAGUAUGGGGUGAUGGAAGUUGUGGUACAACAUAUGGAGAGCCACAGGUUCUGCAUCCUCCACCAGGGCCAGGGCCUUUUCAGUGAUGGCUCCGACCUGGUGGAAUGCUCUGUCCCAUGAGACUAGGGCCCUACAGGAUUUAACCUCCUUUCUCUGGGCCUGUAAGACAGAGCUAUCCCGCCUGGCCUUUAAUUUGAAUUCAGUCUGAUCUUUUAUUUCCCUUCUCUUCUCUUCCUUCCCCCUCCCCUUUUAUGAAGAUUACCCACUCUGGGACCCCAUAGCUAAUUCUCCCCUGGCCUCCUCGCUGGCCCAAGUAGGACUGAUUCAGCCAGCUAGUCCAAUCUAAUGUUUAUUGGAUGGAAUUUCCCCAAAUUGAUUUUUGAACUUUGAAUUUUAUUGUUAUUCAUGCUUUUCUACUGUAUUUUAUGUUGCUUCUGUGUUGUAUUACAAUUAAGUGUUUUAAAUUUGUUGUUAGCCACCCUGAGCCCGGUUUUCUGAACCGGGAAGGGUGGGGUAUAAUUAUUAUUAUUAUUAUUAUUAUUAUUAUUAUUAUUAUCAUCAUCUCUAUUCUAAACUGGAUCCCACAUAAGAUGGACUGUGUUCUUUAGCUAUCAAUCACUAGGUAACACUAUACAAUUUGGCUGCAAUUGACUGUUUCACCUGCUAUACACCACCUCAAUCUAAUUACCGGCUUUGGUGAUGUAGACAUCUGUUCUCCUCUUUACAACUGCUUUCUGCCUAAAGGAGAUGUGUUUCAUUUAAGGCAGGGAUGAGGUGCCUGUGGCCCUGUUGCUGGAUGACAGCUCCUAUCAUCCUUGACCAUUCAUUGUGCUGCCUGUGGACUCCUGGGGGUUGAGAGUCUAACAGCAUCUGGGGGGGGGGCACAGUUUCCCCAAACCUGGCUUAAUACAUGAGACAGAUCUGGGUAGCAGCAAGGCUUAACGUUUUCAAAUAUGGGGGUCAGCCAUUGUUGCUUUUAUGCCAGGUAUAAGCUGCUACCUGAUCUAAUCUGCAAUCUCCAUCUUCAAAUUGAGUCUAUAUCCAGACCUCAAGAGUUCAGCAUCCAGCCUAGUUGUUUCUGGGGGCGGGGAAGGGUGGGUCUGAUCCCUUCCAACCCUGCUUGUGUACCAUCAACCCUGAUGAAGAGUUUUGCAGAACUCAAAACCUUGCACAUCAUUUUGCCACAUGUUUGACGGUCCCAAUUAAGUUAUUGCCCAAUGGCCUAUUUUUUUGGGGGGGGGAGGGGUAUUAAAGUUUAAAGUCUAUUGUUUGGUUUUGGUUUUGAUUCAGAAAGCACAAUUCUGGGAUAUAUACAGUCUCUUUGCUAAGGUUGUUACCAUCUGAUAUGAGGCAAAUAUGGUGGGGUGGGUACUGAUUUGAAACAGUUAACUCUACGUUUAUACAGUUGGGGCACUAUUUUGAAUGAUGUGAAGUUUUAAAGGAAAUUUCUUUUACUUUAAUUUCUUAAGGAAAUUUCCUUUAAUUUCUUAAGGAAAUCAGCCCUGAGUGCUCACUGGAAGGACAGAUCCUGAAGCUGAGGCUCCAAUACUUUGGCCACCUCAUGAGGCAAAACCAGAGCAGUGCACAGAAACGCCGUUUACCUUCCCGCCGGAGCGGUGCCUAUUUAUCUGCACUUUGACAUGCUUUUGAACUGUUAGGUUGGCAGGUGCUGGGACAGAGCAACGGGAGCUCACCCUGUUGCGGGGAUUCGAACCGCCGACCUUCUGCUCGGCUCUGUGGUUUAACCCACAUCACCACCCAUGUCCCUUAAGCCCAGUAGUAGAUCCCAAACAUCCCAAGGUGCACUUCCUUUUCUAAUGCACACAGGAGUCUCCUGUCACUUUCAAAUCACCCAAUAUCAACAUUUCUCCCAUCUUAAAGGCUGUCAAGACGCCUGCUUCUUGGGAGAAAAGCAAUGACAAACCUAGAAAAGCAAUGACAAACAUUAAAAAGAAGAGACAUCACCUUUCCAACAAAGAUCCAUAUAGUUAAAGCUAUGGUUUUCCCAGUAGUGAUGUAUGGAAGUGAGAGCUGGACCAUAAAGAAGGCUGAUCGCCGCAUAAUUGAUGCUUUUGAAUUAUGGUGCUGGAGGAGACUCUUGAGAGUCCCAUGGACUGCAAGAAGAUCAAAGCUAUCCAUUCUUAAGGAAAUCAGCCCUGAGUUCUCAGUGGAAGGACAGAUCCUGAAGGUGAGGCGCCAAUACUUUGGCCACCUCAUGAGAAGAGAAGACUCCCUGGAAAAGACCCUGAUGUUGCACAAGGAGAAGGGGACGACAGAGGACGAGAUGGUUGGACAGUGUUCUCGAAGCUACUAACAUGAGCUUGACCAAACUGCGGGAGGCAGUGGAAGACAGGAGUGCCUGGCGUUUUCUUGUCCAUGGGGUCAUGAAGAGUUGGAAACGACUGAACAACAACAAAAGUUUUAAAUGCUAUAAAAAGGGAGAAAAUGGGUGUGCUUGUACUUACAAGAAACCCACGAUAAGAGGCCCGCCGAUUGUUUGCUUAAACAUCAGGGGCACAGUGUGCAAUUCACCUCUCCAGGUUCAUCCAAAUCACUAGGAGGCAUGGGGCUCCAGCAGAUGAUGGCAGUUGUCUUAUCUUUGUUAAAGAAUUAUUGCAGCGUCACCUGUGCUUCAAUUUACAACCCUAAUUCAGGUCAACAGCCAUUUGACAGCCUUUGCUGUUGUUGUUGUUUAGUCAUUUAGUCGUGUCUGACUCUUCGUGACCCCAUGGACCAGAGCACGCCAGGCACUCCUGUCUUCCACUGCCUCCCGCAGUUUGGUCAAACUCAUGCUGGUAGCUUCGAGAACACUGUCCCACCAUCUCGUCUUCUGUCGUCCCCUUCUCCUUGUGCCCUCCAUCUUUCCCAACAUCAGGGUCUUCUCCAGGGAGUCUUCUCUUCUCAUGAGGUGGCCAAAGUAUUGGAGCCUCAGCUUCAGGAUCUGUCCUUCCAGUGAGCACUCAGGGCUGAUUUCCUUCAGAAUGGAUCAGUUUGAUCUUCUUGCAGUCCAUAGGACUCUCAAGAGUCUCCUCCAGCACCAUAAUUCAAAAGCAUCAAUUAUUCGGCGAUCAGCCUUCUUUAUGGUCCAGCUCUCACUUCCAUACAUCACUACUGGGAAAACCAUAGCUUUAACUAUACGGACCUUUGUUGGCAAGGUGAUGUCUCUGCUUUUUAAGAUGCUGUCUAGGUUUGUCAUUGCUUUUCUCCCAAGAAGCAGCGUCUUGACAGCCUUUAAGUUGGGAGAAAUGUUGAUAUUGGGUGAUUUGAAAGUGACAGGAGACUCCUGUGUGCAUUAGAAAAGGAAGUGCACCUUGGGAUAUUUGGGAUCUACUACUGGGCUUAAGGGACACGGGUGGUGAUGUGGGUUAAACCACAGAGCCUAGGGCUUGCUGAGCAGAAGGUCGGCGGUUUGAAUCCCUGCGGCGGGGUGAGCUCCCGUUGCUCUGUCCCAGCACCUGCCAAACUAGCAGUUCAAAAACACAUCAAAGUGCAAGUAGAUAAAUAGGUACUGCUCCGGCGGGAAGGUAAAUGGCGUUUCUGUGCGCUGCUCUGGUUCGCCAGAAGCGGCUUAGUCAUGCUGGCCACAUGACCCAGAAGCUCUACGCUGGCUCCCUAGGCCAAUAAAGCGAGAUCAGCACCGCAACCCCAGAGUUGUUUGCGACUGGACUUAACUGUCAGGGAUCCUUUACCUUUACCUUUUACUGGGCUUAAACAUUUUCAGGAACAUGCUUUAGUGGACACCUGGCGCCACCUACAGCAUGGAGAGCAUAUUCACACAUUUUCCUCUCCUUGGCAUGCUGUUCACACAAGAAUCUAUUUUAUACUGAGUUCCUCCAGUCUGGUGUCUAGGGUGGAAAUAGCAGAGAGAGGUCCAAGGAGGCAUCUGACCACGCCAUGCUUAAAGCACUGCUGUGGAGAGAUGAAUCACCCCCCACACCCCAUGUAGACUCUGUUAACUAAAUGAGUUCAUUGUGAAAGAAAAUAUAUACGGAGGCUUUAUUUAAACUUUACAUAGGGGACAACAUUCACCUGCAUUUUAAGCAUCUUAUUGGCCAGCUUUUAUUAGCAUCAUGCCUUGUAAUAGCUUGAUACUGAAAUUUAUUUGAAAUUUACCGUAUUUUUCUCUGUAUAAGAUGCCCCCAUGUAUAAGAUGCCCCCUACUUUUGGGGACCCCAAAUUUAGAAAAUGGGCAAAUGCACUAUCCAUGUAUAAGACGCUCCCAGAUUUUAAAACUUAUUUUAAAGUUAAAAAAACCCUAGUCUUAUACACGGAAAAGUACGGUAUAUAGGUUGUGACAUUGGCCACAUGAUAUUAAAAAGUCUGGCAAUUGGUGCUGAUAGAAAAAUUAACUACUAAACUAAAAAUAUCAAGGGGAAUGAAGCAAAAAAACACAUGUUGGUUGGAUUGGCAUAUCUUUAUUAAGUAUAGUGCAAAAUAGAAUGUGGGACAUCCUUCACAUUCUUUUUUUCUUUUUUUAGUUCCUGUAGUUUUUUCGUUUCACACAUUAGUGUUAUAGGUUCCGCACUCCAAAUGGCAAUAAAUUUCAGGGACGGUGCUUUUCUGGGUUCAGCUCCAACAGGAAGGAUAAAUCACUGGAGACUGAUGGCAGUUGGUAAUAUUUGGAUAUAUUUACAAAAAUACAAGUUAGGCAUAGGUGAAAGCGAACAGCAUAAUAUUCCAGCCCACAGCAUAUCAACUGCCUCACAUCAAAUCAAGUAUUCCCAAGAUAUAUCUCCCCCGCUUUCGCUCACUCUGGUUUCCAUCCUUAAACAUAUAGCCCUGAAUAUAUUUGAAUGGAUUAUAGAAUUAUAGGUUUACUUGAGAAGAAGCUUGCUUCAUACCUCACCAUUUCCCACCAGCCCGAUAUAAAGUAGCAUCUCGAGCCAGGAUUCUGUUUUACCCAGUUCUUAGUAUAUUUAACAUGCUUUCAGCUGUUAUCGGUGUUUUAAAUAUUUUUAUUUUUAUAGUUUGUAGCGAAAAGUUAACCAAGACAAUAAAGAAAUGCUUUGAACUCUGAAAUACUAUUGUUAUUAUUAGAGAAUGAUACAUAAAGAUACAUUUUUAUUGACACAAGAGUUUUUUAUGUAAGCUACACUGAGGAUUGGCUGAAGAGUGUUAAUAAAAACCUUAAAUAAAUCAAUGAAAGAUAAAAAUGCAGAGUAAUAGCAACAAUACAAUCUCAAGAAACAGAUAGCAGCAUAACAAUAAAAGAUAAAAUAAGUUAAAUAUUAAAGUUGACCAGAUCUUUCCAAACUGUGUGUCGCGACACAUCAGUGCGUCAGCCACAGUGUGUAGGUGUGUCGUGUGAACGCUCCCCAUGUUCCGGGGCUGGAAAGGGGUUAGUUUAACCUCUGGUUUGCUAGUAAAAACUGAAUUACUGUGUUGCGAAAUGAUGCAUGUCUAAAAAGCGUGUCACCAACCUGAAAAGUUUGGAAAGCUCUGAAAUAGACUCCUGGAGGCCGGGAGUCCAAAAGCAUCUAGAGGGCCACAGGUUCAAAGCCUAAUUCUUUCAGAAAUAUGUAUCUACCUAUUCUGCUUUCCCCAAAAUCCUAGUUAUAACCUAAUACCUGACCUAGUCAGCAGUCUGCAUCUUCACACUGUGUCUAUAUGCAGACCUCCAGACUUCAACAUCCACCCUGUUUUGGGGUGGGUUUCUCCUCACUUCCAACCUGCAAACCAGGAUUGUUCCAAAGUUGUUAAAUGUUUCUACCAAAUGGCAAACUAGUAUUAGUUGAGGUUAUUUUUGCAGUUCAUGGAUAUUGGUGGUUUUGAGGUAAUUUAGUGUUUUGUUCCUGUACUCUUUUGAGUACAGGAAGCCCACAACUUACACACCUUUAAUUUGUGUAUAUUCAGCUUUACGGUGUGGCAAAAAAUAAAUAAAUUUAAAAAGUGGGUGGAAAGAGGACAGGGUUCGGGGGGGGGGGAAUGGCUUUGGUAAUCCCACAAUAUGCGAUUUUGGCUUUAUUCGUGAACUGUGGUAACUCCCUAGUAAUUGUGGAUUUACAGUAAUUAUAAGAGGCAAAAAUAAUCAAAUCACUUAGCUCAGCCUACUACCAUCUAGAUACAACUUCCACCGGUUUGUCUAGUACAGCUUAGGAGUACUGUCCUGGCUGCUAAGCAUAUACAGUGGUGCCUCGCAAGACGAAAUUAAUCCGUUCCGCGAGAGUCUUCGUCUAGCGGUUUUUUCGUCUUGCGAAGCAAGCCCAUUGACGGAUUAGCGCUAUUAGCGCUAUUAGCGGUUUAGCGGCUAUUAAAGGCUUAAAGGCUUAGGGGAUUAGCUGCUAAAAGGCUAUUAAAGGCUAUUAAAGGCUUAGCAGAUUAGAUAAAGGGGGGGGAAAGCGGGGGAAAAAAUUCAAGACUCGCAAGACAUUUUCGUCUUGCGAAGCAAGCCCAUAGGGGAAUUCGUCCUGCGAAGCAACUCCAAAACGGAAAACCCUUUCGUCUAGCGGUUUUUCCGUCUUGCGAGGCAUUCGUCUUGCGGGGCACCACUGUAUGUUUUCAAACUGUUAGGAUUUUGAUUUCUUGUUGUGACACUCAAUGGAUGGUGACUUGUUUCUUCCUCUGCUUUUAUGCUGUUCAGGCCCCGUAGCAACUCAAACGGCCUUUUCAAAGAGAAAUCCAAACUGAUCAGGAAAUUUGCCAAAUAUCUCGCCCACUUUGCUGUGAUCUGGGACCUGGUGGCCAAAAAAUUUAUGAAAAGAUCAGGAUCGCCAUCCAGUUCCAGAAGUCUUUUUAUAUCAUUCUUAAUUUUAGCCAGUGCUGGCUCAUUGUCAUUGUAAAUCUCCAGUAAUGUUUUGCCAUCUCCCUCUUCUUCCCUCCAUAGUCGGCUUCCUUCUUUUCUAUCUGCUUCCUCCUUCUGGUUUUCCUCAAGCUUUCUUUGCUGUCUGGCAUCUUCCUCACAUUGCAAAAUCCAGCUCAGGCGGCAAGGCCAGCAGUUGGAAAGAACAACCCAGUCUAUCAGUUCUUCAAUGCUGAUUCUUUCCUCAUAUUUCCAGGGAGCCUCUGAUUCCAGCUUGGUGAUGGACAAGAUGGUCAGGACUGUGUUCACCACCCUCUUCAGUUGCGCAGAAUUCCCUGGGAUGUAUUCGUUAUUCAUCAAGUGCUUACAGAUAAUUAACUUUUCGCUACAGCUGGGGUCUUCUAAGCCUACCACUUUGAUCCUGAUGUUGCUUUCUUCGCAAGAGCAUGCAUGAUAAUCCACCUUCAGAAUCUCAUUGACCAGCCUUAAUUUGUCCUUGGGAGUCAUCUGCGGCAGGGAGAAGGGCAAGGACACAAUUCGGUCUAAGUACAAGUAGCCAUUCGUGUGUUUCUUUUCUCUUUGAAUACAUUCCACAAGGAUGCUUGGAUCAGCAGCCAAGAUGGAGAUAAAUGGGGCAUCCUUGUCGGAAAGAAGUAUGUUUAUGGCAUCCAGAACAUCCACCACUUUGUCCUGAGUGCACCUGUCCAAAUUGAUGAUUUUCAGGACCACCAGGAUCUUUCGCUUCUCUAUCCAUCCCAGGAACUGGAGGAAAUUCACUAUGGUUCCCACUAAUUCUUUCACAAAGUGCAUGAAGCCCAGCUUGGCACUGAGGGUAUUUCUGUCAAUUUCUGUCUGAAGCUUUUUUUUCAGUGUGAAGUAGAACUUGGUCAUUACAUGUAUGAAAGGAGCGAUAAACAAAAUAGCCCCUACUAAAGCAGUGGAUCCAAAGAGCGACUUUAAAUUACCUUCCUUUAUCAACAUGCUAACUGCUAGUAAAAGAAGAAUCAAACCUGUUAUAACAGGAAUGAAGAGCUUCCCCCAUCCUUUAAAAACCCAUUUCUUUCUCUUUGUUUUUCUUAUAGAUUGCCCAUCAAGGACCAUAAAAAUCGUAAAAAGUACUUUGUUCUUCCCUUCGAUUCCGUCAAGCAGCGCUGUAAGAAGGCCAGCCCAGAUGUGGUCACAUCCUACAUACUCCCAGGCAUCGAAAUGGAUGAAGAUGUACCGUGUACCUUUGAGUUCUUCAGAACCGGAAGCAGGGUAA